GAAAAUUCCAUCAACCCUAACCUUGGUGUUCCGUGUUGCGCGCCUCUAUCACUUGCACUUCUCCCUCCCUUCUACCCUUAACUUCAUUCAUUCUUCAUUCCUGUAGCUUCGGUUGUCAACCCACAGCAGUUGCCUCUUCCUUUUUGAUCCUCCUUUCGCUCUCGCAAGUGUCGGUGUCGGCUUGCUGCCAACUGCGUCAGCCACUCAAGACAAUUUAUUUAGAUAAAGACGAAAGUGUGAAAUAUGAUCUCGGCAAUUGCAUGGGUGCCGAAAGGGGCAGCAAAGGCUGAGCCAAUAGUGGCCGAGUUACCUUCCAAAGAAGAAAUCGAAGAGUUGAUCAAGUCCGGUGCCUUAGAUAGAAGUGAAGAUAAUGGUGAUAAUGGAAGUGAGGAUGAAGAUGAAGAUAUGGUCGCUGAAGCUGAAAAGCAAACUGGGGAUGUAGCCCAAGCACUUGCUGUGGCAGAUGCUCUUGGAAAAACUUCCAAGAACAAGUCAGGGACACAGCUGGAAGAUCUUACAGAUGGGUUGAAAGAACUUGACAUGGAAAAUUAUGAUGAAGAGGAUGAUGGUAUUGAGUUAUUUAGCAAGGGGCUUGGUGACCUUUACUACCCAAGCAAUGAAAUGGAUCCAUUUUUGAAGGAUCAGGAUGAUGAUGAUUCAGAAGAGGUUGAGGACAUGACUAUUAGACCCAUGGAUUCUGUUAUAGUUUGUGCACGCACUGAAGAUGAUGUUAGCCAUCUUGAGGUUUGGAUAUAUGAGGAUUUGGAUGAAGGUGAUUCAAACAUGUAUGUUCACCAUGAUGUUAUCAUUUCAGCAUUUCCCCUUUGUACUGCAUGGCUUGACUGCCCAAUUAGAGGGGGAGAAAAAGGGAAUUUUGUGGCAGUUGGUUCAAUGGAGCCAUCAAUAGAAAUAUGGGACCUUGACAUUAUCGAUGAAGUACAACCAUGUUUAGUAUUAGGUGGCACUGUGGAGAAGAAGACAAAGAAAGGAAAGAAGAAACCAAAAUACAAGGAUGGCAGUCAUACUGGUGCUGUUCUUGGUCUAGCUUGGAACAAGGAAUACAGGAAUAUCCUCGCUAGUGCAAGUGCUGACAAACAAGUUAAGAUUUGGGAUGUUGCUGCUGGAAAAUGCAACAUAACAAUGGAACAUCAUGAAGGCAAGGUUCAAGCAGUUGCAUGGAAUCAUCAUGUGCCACAAGUUCUUCUUAGUGGAUCGUUUGAUCGUUCAGUUGUAAUGAAAGAUGGAAGAGUGCCCACUCAUUCUGGUUUUAAGUGGUCGGUGACUGCUGAGGUUGAAUGUUUGGCAUGGGAUCCGCACACUGAGUACUCAUUUGUGGUGAGUCUUGAAGAUGGUACAAUCAGAGGAUAUGAUAUUCGAGCUGCUAAGUCUGAUCCAUCUUCCGAGUCAAAACCAAGUUUCACUCUCCACGCUCACGACAAAGCUGCUUGCACCCUUUCAUAUAAUCCUGCAGCACCAAAUCUUCUUGCAACUGGUUCCAUGGAUAAAAUGGUAAAACUUUGGGAUUUGUCAAACAAUCAACCUUCAUGUGUGGCGUCCAAGAAUCCUAAAGCUGGAGCUGUCUUCUCCAUUUCCUUCUCACAAGAUAAUCCCUUUUGUCUGGCUAUUGGAGGCUCAAAGGGAAAACUAGGAGUUUGGGAUACAUUAACCGAGACAGCCGUGUCUGGAAAGUUCGGGAGCUACAGCCAACAGCCGAACAGACCGAAAGCUUAACUCGAAAGGUGAAAGUUUGUAUUGUUUCUUUGAGAGUUGGUAUUUAUAAUGAGGAUGAGUUUGGUUUUCCUAGUUUUGAGAUCAUGAUGUUAUUUUGUUUUUAGGGAGUAUAUAAUGUAGUCAAAGUUUUCUAUGUGGCGAUUUUAAUGAUGCAAAGGUGAAAUGGUGAGAAAAUACAGAGGAAAUGAAUGUGUUGGUUUGAAGUAGAAAGGAUCUGCAAUUGCUUUCAAUUUUGUUGUUUCAUAUCCAAUUCAUUUAUGAAAGAUAUCAAUUAAACCUUGAGAUUCAAA